AUGCCAAAAUUGAAACGGAAAAGUGCUACUCAACGACAGGAAGAAAACACAAGUUAUAAACGAAUUAAAAGAGAUGUUUCUGAGAAUAACAAUGUCAUUAAUAAUACAAACGAUAAUACUGGUAAUGUAAAUAAAGAAAAAAAUCAUUUAUUAGAUCGAACAAGACAACAAAGAUAUUUGUUGAAAGAUGAUAAUUUAACUUUGCACAAAGAAAGAAUGCAAAUAUAUAGAAGCUUGCCAGAAUAUAAAGAAAAAAAUAAAACUUAUCAAAGGGAAAGAUUGACUGAAGUCAAUAAUUAUGAAAAUCAUUUAAGAAGUUUAAGACUGUCUCAACAAAAAAGAUUACAAGAUCCAAUACAUAGAAAAAAUCAUCACGAACAAUUAAAAGUGAAUCAAAGUAAAAGAUUGUUAGAUCCAAUAAAUAGGAAAAAUCAUCAAGAACAAUUAAAAGUAAAUCAAAUCAAAAGAUUAAAAGAUCCAAUCAAUAGGGAAAAACAUCAAAAACAAUUGAAAGUAAAUCAAAGUGAAAGAUUACAAGAUCCAAUAAAUAAAAUAGUACAUAACGAACAUAACAAAAAGUGUCAAACCAAAAGAUUAAUGGACAAGGAUAAAAAAAAUCAACAUAACGAAAAAAAUCAAGAUUGUCAGAGUAAACGAUUACGCAUCACUAGUAAAAGAGAAAUUCAUAAUAAAAAAUUAAUUAUUAAUCAAAAAAAAAGAUUACAGAAUGAGAAACUGAGAAAAAUUCACAUUCAGCGAGUUUCGAGGUCCAGAGCAUCGAAAAAAGCUAAAGUUGAAGAUUUAAAACGCAAUGUCUUGUUUAAUAAAUUUAAUUUAUUAAAAUUAGAAGGUCCAACUUAUGAAUGUUCAUCAUGUUGUCGUUUAUGUUGUGAAAGGGCGAUAAAAAAUAAUAAAAUUCCAACUUUGUCUUUAUAUUAUAAAGAAUUACAAUUUCCAAAAGUGCCUGAUGAAAUUUUGAACUUGACUGAGCUUGAAGAACGUUUUAUUUGUCCUCGUAUUCCAUUUAUGAUGAUUCGAGCAAUUAUCAAUGAUGGUCAAUAUUUUGUUAAAGGUCGAGCAGUUAAUGUACCAACGAAUGUUGAAACUUCCGUCAGUAUUCUUCCAAGAGUUCAAUCUGAAGCGAUGAUUAUUCCAAUUUGUUUUAGAAGAAAAAAAUCUUUUAAAUCUAAUGUUAUGUUUGAAAAUGUUCGGCCUCAAGUGAUAAAGAAAGCUGCACUAGUAUUACAAAAUUCUGAAGUUUAUAAACGUUGUAAAAUCAAAUUAGAUUUUCAAAGAAAGAAAAAUAGCACUGAUAAUAAUAAUGAUAACAAAUAUCCUUCAGAAAAUGUAAAUAAUGUUGAUGAAAUUGACGAUAAUUUAUCAGAUGAAAAUUCUGAAGAUGAAGAACCGGUAAAUGUCGAAGAUGAAUCAACUCUUUUAUUAACGCAAGCUAUUGUUUUUGCUCCUGGAGAAGGUCAAUUACCGGUUUCAUUAUUUGAUGAAUAUGCUGAAGCAUUAAGUUUUAUCAAAAUUUAUGGGGGUAAGCUGAUUAAGAAACCUGAACAUAUAACGUAUCAAAAUUGGAUUAAAUCAGAAAUAAUGAGAUCAGAUCGACGAUGUGCUACGAUUAUCAAAUUAUUUUUCUCAGCAUUAAAACUUAGAACAUCAAAAAUUGCAUCGAGUAUAAAUUUUUGUUUACGAAAAAAUAAAAUUAAAUCUAAAUUAAUGAAAGUAGUAGAUAUGCUUGAUGAUAAUAAUAUCAAAUAUAUGGAAUUAAAUGAUAGUGGAUUCAAAUUUUUAUCUCAUGAUCGAGGGUCACCAUCGUUUUGGGAAGAGAAAAAGAAGAACGUAUUUGCAUUAUUUAGACAAAUUGGGCCGCCAAAUCUAUUUUUUACUUUAUCAGCAGCAGAAACAAAAUGGCCUGAGUUAAUCGUAAUAUUGAAAAAAGUUGUUGAUGAAGAAGAAAUUACGUUAGAACAAGCAGAAAAAAUGGAUUAUAAAGAAAAAGCUAGAUUGAUUAGUGGUGAUCCUGUAACAAUUGCUAGAUAUUUUGAUUACCGAAUAAGAGAAUUAUUUAAAGUAAUGAAAGAAAAUAACAGUAUUUUUCGUGAGCAUAAUAUAAUAGAUUUUUAUUACAGAAUUGAAUUCCAGCAAAGAGGUUCUCCUCAUAUUCACUGUUUAUUAUGGCUUGAAAAUGCUCCAAAUUAUGAUGAUGAAGACGAAAAUAAUCUAGGUGUCAUUCGAUUUAUUGAUAAAUUUAUUACAUGUUCUAAUAAACUUCUUUCAAGAGAACUUAUCAAGUUACAAACUCAUAGACAUACAUUUACUUGUAAAAAGGGAUUAAAGAAAAUAAAGUGUCGCUUUGAUAUUCCAUUUUUUCCAAUGAUUAAAACAUGUAUUUUGAAACCUUUUUCUACUAUGGAGAAAGAACGAAAAAAUGAAUUACGAAAAGUCCGUGAAGAUAUACAAAAAUUUUUAGAAGAAAAUUUUAAAAAAGAAAGUAUUAUUUCAAUAGAACAAAUGUUAAAGAAAUUUCGAAUAACUUAUGAUUCAUAUAUAGAAAUUAUCCGAAGUGGUUUGUAUCGCCCGACAGUUAUGUUACGCAGAAAUCCAGAUGAAUGUAUGAUUAAUUCUUAUAAUCAAGAAUUAUUGAAACUACAUUCCGCAAAUAUGGAUAUUCAGUUUAUAUUAGAUAUGUACUCAUGUGCAAGUUAUGUAUUGAAUUACUUAAACAAACCUAUCUCAGGUCUCUCACGACUAAUGUAUGAUGUGACAAAUGAAGUUAAGAGAGGAAAUUAUACGAUGAAAGAACAGUUAAGAUUAAUUGCAAAUGCAUUUUUAAAAGCAAGUGAAUUUGGGUCCCAAGAAGCAGUUUACUAUAUUUUAGCAUUACCUUUGUCAAAGUGUUCAAGAGAAGUUACAUUUGUAAAUACUAAUCUUCCCGAAAAUAGAAUUCAAGUAGUUAAAUCUAAAGAAGAUCUUAAGAAAUUGCCUUUAAAUUCAACAGAUAUUUAUAUAAAAGAUACAUUAGAUCAUUAUAUACAUCGUCCACAUGAGUUAGAAGAUACAUGUCUUGCAUCAUUUGUAUCUUGGUAUAAUUAUUCUACAAAAGAAUAUCAUAGAAAAAAUAAAAUUUAUAGUGAUGAUGAAAGUGAUGAUGAUCAUUGUAUUGACAAUUCUAUAUCUUUAAAACUUAUCGAUAAUUCAGGUUUUGUACGAAAAAGAAGAAAAUCUAAAGUUCUUAGAUUUAUAAAUUAUGAUGAACAAACAGAUAUCGAAAAUUUUACUAGAGAAAAUGUAAUGUUAUUUAUACCAUGGCGAAAUGAAAAUAUUUUGAUUACAUCUACUUCUUCAUUAUUUUUAAAAAAUCAAAACUUAAUUAAAGAAAGAAGAUCGGAAUACGUAUACAAUAAAAAUAUAGAAAAUCUAUUGAAAGAAGCUACCCAAAAAAUGAUUGAAUUUGAUAAUGAAGAUAAAACAGAUGGAAAUACUCCAAAAAAUUUAGAAGUUUUUGAUGAUCCUACUCGUGAAGGUGAUAUUUCCAUAGAUAUGAAUGAAAGUGGAACUGAAAACAGAAAUUGUGAUGAUAAAGAUAUUCAUUAUGUAUCAAUACCGCGAUUGGUUACUGAGGAACAUUUUAUUGAUUUAGUGGUGCUGGCGUUGGAAAAUCUCGACUGA